AUGGCCGAGCUAUCAGCAGAGAAGGCGGGAAGACGCACAGCCUCGGCUGCAGAGGGCGGCGUCUGCCAGCCCCUAGGGCGGGAAAGAGGCGGCCCGCGAGCGCGGCAGCAGUGGCGGGAAGAGCAACAAUCGAGCACGCCCCUGGAAGAACAGGAGAACGUGGGCCUGCGAGAAUGGCGCCGACACCAUCCCUGCAAGGCCACAUUCCAGAAGGGUCGGGAACCAGCCGCCGGUGUCUCGCAGGCCUCGACGAAUACCGUCAGGCCCAACUCUGGGGCCAGAGAUCUCCCACCACGCACGCGCACUUGUAGGACCAGAGCAGACUGGCCAGGUCAAGAGCCGGAAGUGCCCUGCGCCUCAGUCCCUUCCGGGAAACCCGCCGACCGGAACUGCGUAGAGGUCCCGCCCCCAAAUGGAACCGUGGGUUGCUGGGCAACCGCUGCGCGCGCGGCGGACGGAUCCCGUGUUCCCUGGAGCAAACCAAGUGUAGCCCCCGCCGCCUGCCCCGGAGACCUCCCGUCCCGCCCGCCUCCCUCCUUGCCGCCUCUCCGCGCGUGGCGGAAUCGCUGUCCUUGGCAUUACUUACAUCUUUCGGACUCUUACGACACCUUAGUGCCCACCUGCUUCAAAGCCAAGCUCCACCGAAGGCGAGGCAGUCCGACCCCAGACAUGGCCUCUGCGUUGACCGACGGCACCUCUCGAGCCAUGAACAGCUACACCUAUACCAGCCGUCCCCGGGCGCUGCCCUGCCAGCGCCGUCGUUACCGGGACAGCUUGACACAGUCAGAUGAUGAACCUGUUCGUUAUGGAAACAUAAUGUAUGACAGAAGGGUGAUUCGAGGCAACACUUACGCACUGCAGACAGGGCAGCUGCUGGGGCAGCCCGACCCUCUAGAGCUUCAGAGAUUGCAGCAGGCUAAGAGGAGGGCUCUUGCCCGAAAACGAGCCCAAGAACAGCUCAGACCGCGAACGCCCGAACCCGUGGAAGGCAGAAAACAUGUGGAUGUGCAGACAGAAUUAUACCUUGAAGAAAUUGCGGACCGCAUAAUAGAAGUCGAUAUGGAAUGCCAAACGGAUGCGUUUUUGGACAGACCACCAACACCACUCUUUAUUCCUGCCAAAACUGGCAAAGAUGUGGCAACUCAGAUACUAGAAGGCGAGCUCUUUGACUUUGAUCUUGAAGUUAAACCAAUGUUAGAGGUUCUGGUGGGGAAGACAAUUGAGCAGGCUCUUCUGGAAGUGAUGGAGGAAGAAGAGUUGGCUAACCUGCAGACCCUGCAGCAUGAGUAUGAAGAAAUUCGGAAUGUUGAACUUGCUGAGGUUCAACGACUUGAAGAGCAAGAGCGGCGACACCGAGAAGAAAAAGAGCGUCGUAAGCAACAGCAGUGGGAAAUAGUGCACAAGCAUCAAGAGACAUCACAGAAGAUCGCCGCCCGCGCGUUUGCACAGCGCUACCUGGCUGACCUUCUCCCGUCUGUGUUCAGCAGUCUCAGGGAUAGUGGCUACUUUUAUGACCCCAUUGAAAGAGAUAUUGAGGUAGGAUUCCUUCCAUGGCUAAUGAAUGAAGUUGAAAAAUCCAUGGAAUACAGCAUGGUGGGAAGAACAGUGGUUGACAUGUUGAUUCGUGAAGUGGUUGAGAGGAGACUGAGUAUGUAUGAUGUCAAGGAGAAUGGACUGCAGAACCUGAGGCCUGCGGGGGAGCAGGGCGCUCCUGCAGCAAUGCGAGACCCACCACCCUACAUUUACGGCUUCCAAGACCAAAGCACUGCACAGACCCAGAGGCUGUUGUCAGACAGAGACUACCUACAGAGAGUGCCGUUUGACAGAGGGCCAGAGUCAGCAGAAGAAGGAGAGUUCUUAGGGCAAAGUGAAGAAAGAACAAUGAGGAAGCUCCCAGAGAAGGAGGAAUUUUCACAGUAGAGGGAGCUUUGGGAGUAAGGAAACUAAUUAAUGACUGACCCACAGUGCAGUCAGGUGAUGAUGUGUGAGUCCCCUCAGGCUAUAGGAAUUAUGUCUAUUUAGUCAGCAUGUCUUAUUGUCUCAUGGACUGGGCAAAUCAAAU